CAGGAUCGUCACUUUCAUUCUAUCCAGUUCCUCAUCUUUGAGUGUGGUCUGUGUGGCUUGGCAAAUCCCACGUUUUGAGUGCGUUCCACCGUUGUCGAAGGAAAGUUGUUUGAAACCUUCGUUCCGCACGCACCAGCGGAGAGCUCAUAAAAAGGAAGGCAAGAGCAGAUGCAAUCACGGAUGUGGCUUAGUCCUUGCAGCUGCCCCGGAGAGCUGCGCGGAGCUGCCUGGCCUCAGUCAUGAAUCCAGAAGAAAGAAUCGUGACAUGGCUUAUCUCUCUGGGAGUUUUGGAUUCCCCCAAAAAGACCAUCUGUGAUCCAGAGGAUUUCUUGAAGUCCUCAUUGAAAAAUGGGGUAGUGCUGUGCAAACUGAUCAACAGACUUGUUCCUGGCUCGGUGGAAAAGUAUUGUCAAGAGCCCCAAACUGAAGGGGACUGCACCCACAACAUCACGGACUUCCUGAAAGGAUGUGCAACACUUCAAGUGGAGGUGUUUGAUCCUGAGGACCUCUAUUUGGGGAUCAAUUUUCCCAAGGUUCUGAGUACUCUUCUAGCUGUCAACAAAGCAACAGAAGAUCAGCUCUCAGAAAGACCAUGCAGGCGCUCCUCUUCUCUUAGCGCUGCCAAUAGUUCUCAGACAAAUCCACCGGGAGCAGUUGCUAGCGCCGCUCCGGGGCUGCAAAGGCAGUCUAAGGCAGUGGAGAUGACGGAAAAUGGAAGUCAGUUGAUUGUAAAGGCGAGAUUCAACUUUAAGCAGACUAAUGAAGAUGAACUGUCAGUCUGUAAAGGGGACAUCAUUUACGUCACUCGAGUUGAAGAAGGUGGCUGGUGGGAAGGCACAUUAAAUGGGCGAACAGGCUGGUUCCCUAGUAAUUAUGUCCGAGAAAUUAAAUCCAGUGAGAGACCUCUCUCCCCUAAGGCUGUCAAAGGACUUGAAACUGCUCCGCUUACAAAGAAUUAUUAUACUGUGGUGUUACAGAAUAUCUUGGACACGGAAAAAGAAUAUGCUAAGGAACUUCAGUCUCUUCUUGUUACUUACUUAAGACCCCUGCAGUCCAAUAACAAUCUGAGUACUGUGGAGUUUACAGCUCUGUUGGGAAACUUUGAAGAAAUCUGCACAUUUCAGCAGACGCUCUGCCAAGCAUUGGAAGACUGUUCCAAGUUUCCGGAAAACCAACACAAAGUCGGAGGCUGCCUACUGAACCUCAUGCCGCAUUUUAAGUCCAUGUAUCUGGCUUACUGUGCAAACCAUCCGUCAGCAGUAAAUGUACUUACACAGCACAGUGAUGAGCUGGAACAAUUUAUGGAGAGUCAAGGUGCCUCCAGCCCGGGUAUCCUCAUUUUAACAACAAGCCUCAGCAAACCGUUCAUGCGACUGGAAAAGUAUGUGACUCUCUUGCAAGAGCUGGAACGGCACAUGGAGGAUACUCAUCCAGAUCAUCAGGAUAUCCUGAAGGCAAUCACAGCAUUCAGAAUGCUCAUGGGACAGUGCCAAGAUCUGAGGAAGAGAAAACAGCUAGAGUUGCAGAUACUCUCGGAACCCAUUCAGGCAUGGGAAGGGGAGGACAUGAAAUCCUUGGGAAAUGUGAUUUUUAUGUCACAAGUCAUGGUGCAGAACGGAGCAUGUGAGGAAAAAGAAGAGCGGUACCUCAUGUUAUUUUCAAAUGUUUUGAUACUGCUAUCUGCAAGCCCUCGGAUGAGUGGCUUUAUCUAUCAGGGAAAAAUAGCCAUAGCAGGAAUGGUGGUAGCAAGACUAGACGAACUAGAAGGGAAUGACUACACAUUUGAAAUCACAGGUAACCUCACAGAGCGACUUGUGGUCCAUUGCACCAACAGUCAGGACUUCCAGGAGUGGCUGGACCAACUCUGCAGACUGACCCAAGGCCCUGCUUCUUGCGGCUCAUUAUCGAAAACCUCAUCAUCCUGCAGUGCUCACUCCUCUUUUAGCUCUACUGGACAGCCCCGAGGACCCUUGGAACCUCCUCAGAUUAUAAAACCGUGGAGUUUAAGUUGUCUGCGACCUGCACCCCCACUUAGACCUUCAGCAGCACUAGGUUAUAAAGAGAGGAUGUCUUAUAUCUUGAAGGAAUCUAGUAAGAGCCCCAAAACCAUGAAGAAAUUUCUUCACAAAAGAAAGACCGAAAGAAAACCAUCAGAGGAGGAGUAUGUGAUUCGGAAAAGUACGGCUGCUCUGGAAGAGGACGCUCAGAUUCUCAAAGUGAUCGAAGCCUAUUGUACCAGCGCAAAUUUCCAACAAGGUCCUCGCAAAGACUCUGUUCCACAGGUCUUACUCCCCGAGGAAGAGAAACUCAUCAUUGAAGAAACCAGAAGUAAUGGCCAGACAAUCAUUGAAGAAAAGAGCCUCGUUGAUACCGUUUAUGCCUUGAAGGAUGAGGUCAAAGAACUGAAGCAGGAGAAUAAAAGAAUGAAGCAAUGCUUGGAAGAAGAACUGAAAUCGAGAAGGGACCUGGAGAAGCUGGUCCGGAGAUUGCUGAAGCAAACGGAUGAGUGUAUCCGGGCUGAGGCCGGCAGCAAGACCUCGGUUCUUCCGUAGCCAGCACUGGGCAGCUGGGCUCCUGGAAAUGUUCAGCUGAGUGCUUUGACUCAGUUUGUUGUUGACUUCUUUGGUUUUUAUUUUGUGUUUAAGUCUCUCUCUCUCUGCGUGUGUGUAUGCCCCCGGGUGCGCUAUGGUUGCUUGGAUGUUUGUGGCUGUUUGGCUAUUAGUUGAUUGCUUUGUUUUGAAGCAGGGGAUAAUGUGGAAGACAGUGGUAGACGUCUUUCCAGGGUCCUUUCCAUUCUCUAAGAAAAGGAAAGCGCAUGCAGGCCAAUGACUUCAAGUGGUCUUCAGAUGGCCUUCAUUUUACAGUGCCUCUGCACAACCAUUGUCCUCAGGUCACUUUCGCUGAGUUCACUUGCUGUCCUACAGGGGCUGGCCAGGGAUAGGUCAGUGCAAAUCCAUCUUUCCCCUCAAAGCUCGGAAGCACCUCGGUACUUAGUGUGACUAGGGUAGGAUGAAACAUAAACGUCUUUGCCUGAGUGGUCCCGAUGCCCUUCCUUAGCCCAUCAUGUGCCAGCCCUCAGGGCACAUGUCUUUUUUGAUUAUUGUCCUCGUUGUCUGCAAAACAAGACAAGAACGGUUCCCUUAUUCCUUUUUCGUCCAUUUUCAUUUUAACUCAGUGAAGCAGAAGCUCUGGUCAUUCAUGCCAGCACCAAAUCCCUUAGCAAGUUGUACUGAACGGUCCUCCCCUCCACAGCAGAGUUGACCACUUCUUUAUAGUGCAUGAUGGGCAUUUUUCUUAGCUUUCAGACUAGUGUGUAAGUUGGUGUGUUCCUGUGCUUUUUAGCCAACUGUACCAAACAGUGUGUAAACCUGAUAUGCCUGUGUUUCUUAGCAACGUAGGUAGAUUCUGAGCAAUUACAUCCUCUACGCUGCACAUUGAAACUAUGACCUUUCAACUUUCAAAACAAUCUAUACUGAGGGAUCCUGUGCCCUAGUAGACAGCUUUCGUUCACUUUAGUGCUCUCUCGUGUCUGCUGUGAGAAGUAAUAUUCCUUGCGCUCUUUGAGUAGGAUCUAAGCAUUAUUUGCAGAAACGUUCUGAUUGUCCACCUUAUUUAUCCAGAAUAAGAAGGCCUCUGUGGUGACUGGGUGCUGGUUACUACUGAAGCUAAUUAUUUGGAGCUGGUGUACGCAAGCUGCUCAGCCAAUCAAAUCCAAGCACUUUUGGGAAUCACCCAGAAACAACAACGAUGUGAGAACAGGUUUAAGAGAGUGUCAAAGAGGGCAGCACACAUCCAAAUUCAACAAAGUUGAGAGUCGACCCUAGGUUCCAGGACAAAGCAGAACCUUUUGCCCACAAAUACAGGCAAAAUGUAACCAGAUAGGGAAAGUCCCUGGAAAGAGAGGCACAGAGUCAACGGAGUGAUCAAAGCUGUCUUCUAGGUACAUUUCAUGGGUGCCUGUAAAUGUGGGCGUUCCAAAUGUUUAGGAGUCAAACUUGGAGCUGGAAAUUCCCAGCUUGCUAAAGGAGCCCCUUUCCUCUCUGAUACUGGGGGCACCUCAAGGUCCCAUGGCUAUAUAGUAUGGGGCAGUUGUCUGUGUUGACUGCACAGUAGAAAUAACACCGUCUACAGGAAGUGGGCUACUACCAUGGUCCAACAUCCGCCAGUCACACCCAUUGUUCCUUGGAAGCGGAAGGGUGAACAUUUCUAGGAAUGGUGGUGGUUCUGUUUUUCAGCGCAGUGGUUUAGAAUACAACACCCUUCACCUAAAAAAAAAUUUUUAAACCACCACCAACUCCCAUCUUCGAAUCUAUUCUGUCUGUGGAUAGUCGACAGCUGGCAAUAAAGGUGCCAGUAGUCAAUAAGGUAUAGGAUUGUUUCAAAUCAGGAAAGAUCUUUCUUUGAGAGUGAUAUGUACAUAUGCAUGUGUUUGGGUUUCACCUUCCUGCGGAGAGUCUCUGGGUCCAGACUGGUGUCGCGUGCUCACACACUAAACAAUAAUAUAAAGGAAAUGAAGCCAUGUUAACCUGAGAGCAGUGUCUCCACGGUUGUGUUGUUUACAGUACUCUGUUAAUGGGUCCCUGCCACCUUGUAAUUCAAUUGCUGUCCUGAAAGGCCUUUCAGUCCCUCUCCUGUCAUGCCCCUUAUUACACAGGCUCCAUUUUUCUAACUUGUUUUUAUUUUGAAGACUUUUAAAAUGAACAUUUUCAAUAAAUAAGAAUAACAAUGCUUUAUAAAAUAAA